AAAAAAAAUCAUUGGAAAGAAAUUCAUUACAAUUGUGUGAAUGUAGUGUAUAAUAUUCAUAGACGCACGUAGGAGAUUGGAUAAGGUCGGUACAAGAACCGCCUAUAGAACCUGCUCGCACGUCAAUUUGAAAACUUGUAAUAUAUUCUUAAACUUCACUUAAACAAUAAUUUGACUUGUUUUCUCUAGUGAUUUUUUAAUAGUUCUAUUGCAAAAAUUCAACGAAAUGAAACCAAUUUCAUUCAGUACGGACAAACGUCUACAUUAAACACACAGAAAAUGAAUCAUGGCCCUCACGUAGUCACCACUACUAUCGUUGAAAAGCCCCAUCUAUAUAACUCUGGCGCUAAGUCGAUUACUUCAUCAACAAACAAACCAAAAAGACCAACCCAUCGAAAACAAAAAGGAUACAAAAGAUGGGUCCAGUCUCAAGUUCUUGGAGCUUCAACAAAUUCUUUGCUAUAGUUUUCGUCGUCUUCGCUAUCUCUGGUGAGUUUGUCGCCGGAUAUUACAAGCCCAGCCCGUGGAGAUACGCUCAUGCCACUUUCUACGGCGACGAAACCGGUAGUGAAACCAUGGGUGGUGCAUGUGGGUAUGGAAACCUGUUUAACAGCGGAUACGGCUUGGCCACAGCUGCGCUAAGCACGACAUUGUUCAAAGACGGUUACGGAUGCGGCCAAUGUUUCCAAAUAAUGUGUGUGAAGUCGAAACAUUGUUACUAUGGAAACCCAUCGACGGUGGUCACAGCCACUAACCUUUGCCCUCCUAAUUGGUACCAAGAUUCCAACAAUGGUGGUUGGUGCAACCCUCCUAGAACCCAUUUCGAUAUGGCUAAACCUGCUUUCAUGAAGCUCGCUAACUGGAAGGCCGGUAUCAUCCCUGUUGCAUACCGCAGAGUCGCAUGCAAAAGGAGUGGAGGUAUGAGGUUUCAGUUCCAAGGCAAUGCUUAUUGGCUUCUCAUCUUCGUCAUGAAUGUUGGCGGUGCCGGAGACAUAAAGAGCAUGGCCGUGAAAGGUAGUCGGACUAAUUGGAUAAGCAUGAGCCACAACUGGGGGGCUUCUUACCAAGCCUUUUCCUCUCUCUAUGGUCAGUCCCUCUCUUUCCGGGUCACUUCUUACACAACCGGUGAAACCGUCUAUGCUUGGAACGUUGCUCCGUCUAACUGGAACGCUGGCAUGACUUACAAGAGUAGUGCCAAUUUCCGCUAAAAUCAAUUACAGCUUUUUCUCUUGUAAUGAUUUUUCCCUUCUGAUUUUAUUUUGUUGCUUUUGUGACUUUAAGAAGUUUCGGUGGCCUUUUUGUUGUGGGAUUAUAUAUAGG